UGUGGCCCCAAUAUGUGCUGAAUUAACAACCUAAUAUUGACCCAUGAUAAUAGCUUACAACCAUAGAAAGAAGAACAAAGACCAAACUAUAGGAAAAGAACGCCAUAUUACGUUUGUUUUAUGAUUAUUUUGACGAUAUAAACUUAGUGAAAAAUAGAACAACCUUGACAUUUACAUCCAGUUAAAACACUAUUAAACAUUCUUCCAUUCUCCUUAAUUACUGUCAUUAAGAUAAUUAUAACCAGUAAUUUGUAAAAGGAUUAAAUAUGAAGAAUAGUAAAGGAUAAAGAUAUUCUGGUAUUAAAGAAGACGGAUCCACUGUGUGUGUGUUGUCAUCAGUCACUUAUUUUACUGAAAUAUUUAGUGAAUAGUUACUUAUUAAUGGUUAAGAAGACACCAUUAUUUUAAUUAUUUCUUGGACUCUGUGAUGGCGUUGAGGUGAAUAAUAAUAUAGAUGGUGAUAUAUUGGAAAAAAUAACCCAAAUUUCCCACCCCUAGUGGUCAAGAAGGUCGUUUUAACUUAACCAUGAUUUGGUCCUAAAUUAACGAGGUGAUGACGGCCACCACAGCUACAGGUUCAGUAGGGGAGAAAGACAUGACAGGAUGCCAUUUGGAUGUUUGUUUAGGAAAGAUAAGUCUACCACCAUGAGUGACAAAGAGAAGAAGGGCAAGCUGGGCCUCAAGGUGGUGAUGACCCAGCAGAACCCGGAGCCCGUGUACGACCUCACCGACUGCGCCAUGGUAGAACUUCCUCCAGACACUUUUGUUAUGUGUAAGUUGUUGCAGAAGACGGUCUUACUGUUGCAAGAUAAUUCUCUGACGUCGCUGGAGAAAGGAGGGAAGCUGCACGAGCUAGAGGCAUUACAGGUCUUAGAUCUGUCGAAUAAUAAGUUUGCUCAUCUUCCAGAUUCUAUCAAUAAACUUAAGAACUUGACAAUAAUGAAACUUAGCAACAACAAACUGAAGAGUCUGCCUUUAUCUAUAAGUGAACUGUCAAAAUUACAAGAACUUUAUCUGUCCUCAAAUAAAUUUUCCAAAGUGCCUGUAAGCAUCUGUGCCUUGCCCAGCCUGCGAGUGUUGUCUCUCACUGGCAACAACAUCUCUCUACUGCCAAAGGAAUUUUGUAAGUUACAAAAAAGUCUUCAUCAACUAGAAAUUGACACAGAUAAGCUUCAGUCCCCUCCUCCUGCAGUAGUGGCAGAAGGUACGGAGGCAGUGAUGCGCCACCUGUGUGAGGAACACGGACUCAUAUACGAGGGCAUCAGCGAGCCGCAGGAGGAGGCUCUGGCAGACUGUGCCUCUCCUCACGCAUACUCCAAAAUGGAGCCGUCUGCUGAUGACAAGGCAUUACUGAGCUACUGGUGUAGAAAAGACGAGAAGGUUAAAGCCCAGUUGGCGGCGGAGGAAGAAUUUCAAGCCAAGGAACAGCAGCAGUUGGCGUCCAUGUUGCAGGACAUGAGUAGUAACAAACAACAUCUCUUAGAGGGAAUCUUCCAGAUUCCAUCAGAGGCCAUGGAGUAUGAGAGGAAGAAGCUGGCCAUGAUGCAGGAACAGUACAACAUUGAAGAAAACAUGCGGGCUGAACAAGCAGAACAGCUGGAGAUAUAUUUGGCAUCCUCAAAUGACAAAGAAUCUUUAAUCAGUGACCUAACAACUCGACAAGCUAACCUGGACCUGGAGGUGGAGGGUCUGGUCACCGCCAGAGAAAAAGAACGACAGCAUUUACUAAAGGACCUGGCGACCACCGAGCGGGAGACCGACGCCGCCGUUCAGGAGCUGGUCGAUGCAGCCGCGGCGAGGAGGGGCGAGGAGUUCCUCUCACUGCUUCAAGAUCAGGAGAAAGAACUGCAGUCUCUCCUGUCCGGUAUUGUGGAGGCGGCCACCGAGUUACGUCAGUCUGAGGUCGUCGCCGCCAUGAAGGCAGUGCUGGUGGAGGAGGCGGCCGCCGAGCAGCAGCGGAUGGCGGUGCAGGAGGAGCAGGGGGCACGGGUGUGUGCCCUUCUGGAGGAGGCAGACUUGGUCAACUCUCAUCUCAAGGGAGUAUUAACUGCACGCUUGGCCGACCAGGAGGAGUGGGUCUCGACUCUACUUGAGGAUGAAGCAUGCCAAGCGGCUGCUUUUAGAAUCCUACUGCUCAAGUGUGACCUUAAGAGGAACAACAUUCUGAGACAGAUUGGCCAGAUUGAAUUUGAACUGGCCCGCCUGUCGUCGCUGGAGGUGAGAAAGAAGAAACACGGCAUUAAGUACGGGUCGACCACUAUGCUGGAGCAGCGGGCCACCCUAGUCGGUUUACUGAAGUCCCUGCUGAUGGAGAAGAGUCAACGGGAGGAGCAGCUUAAUGCCUGGUUGGCUCAGCUCCAGGACUCCCGAACGCCUGACAUAGCCGAGGAAGAGUUUUGGCUGGUACAAUACCAACGUCUCCUGACCAUGAAACCCGCCGGAUUGGCCGAGGCCGAAGAACAACUGGAGCCUCAAGUACGAGAGGUCCUCAAGGCCGCCAAUGCUCUCGACUUGACGCCGGUGUUCGCCCACAACUCUAUCACCUUCUCUCGUCUGAUGAACAUGACGGAGGAAGAAGCGGCGGUGAUGGACAUCGGACCGGCAACCUACCGUAGCUUACAGCGAGCCCUACAGAACCAUCUGGCCGCCUCCAAGUUGGGAGAACAGAUGCCCUCCGCCCCAUGUGAGGAGGACCUGCCAUACUCCCCGUCCGCUCCUCCUGCGCUCUCUGGCAGUGAAGUAUUACCCACUGCCCCAAUUUUAGAAGGCGGGGAAGAGGGGGCGUCGGCACCUCCGCUAGACAAACAGUUUGUGGAGGCCGAGUGUGUGGUGUGUCUGAAUGCCAGCUGUCAGGUUAUAUUUUUACCAUGCGGUCACGUGUGUGCUUGUGGUAAGUGCUGCACUUCGCUCCUCAUAUGUCCCAUGUGCAGAGCUCCGGUCAUCAGUAAAUUAUUACUUACUUACUGAUUCUGCUCAUUAUCUUCUGGAUUUAUUCAUUAUUAAAUAUCAUAAAUAGAUAAUUGUAGUCAGAUCACCUGAAAAUUUAUCCCCACAUUGUUUCACUUAUAAAUUAACGACCCUUAUGAAAUACUACAAACCAAACCUAACCACCCUAAUUCAAUCCUACCCCAACCACCCUAAUGCUAACCCUACCCGACCCUACCCCACCGUGUAGUUUUGGGAUGGUUAAACACGAGGUGAAAUAAGCUGGUUUGAGUGAUGUUGAGGUGAUCGCUGUAGUCAACUAAGACAUCUUCACCGAAUGAUCAAUUACAAUCUGAGUUGUCUUUUAAGAUUGUUUGAUGCAUUAUAUUACUCGUGCAGUUGAAUUCUUGAUCAUAUUUUUUAUUCCUUUAUGCAUAAAUUUAGUGAAGCAGCUAAAACAGAUGGUUACUAAAGUCUUAUGUUGAUUUAUAACCUGUGAUAAAUUUUAAUUGUUCAUUUAAAGCUCAAGUCUUGGUUUGUUCAUGUUUUACUGAGUGGAAGGACAGUUGAAUGAUCUUUUGGUAUGAGUAAAUGCAACUUGAGUGUUUGCCAGGGGUCAUGUCAAGGCUCACAGUUGCCAGGGGUCAUGUCAAGGCUCACAGUUGCCAGGGGUCAUCUCAAGGCUCACAGUUGCCAGGGGUCAUGUCAAGGUUCACAGUUGCCAGGGGUCAUGCCAAGGUUAACAGUUGCCAGGGAAUCAUGUCAAGGUCCACUGUACAAUGGUUGGAUGGUUAUUUUAUUUAUUUAUUUUUAUUUUUUUGAGAGGAAGAAGGAAACUAAUACUUUGGAAACUAAAGAGGUUGAGAAGAAGGAAGAAUAGUAGUUCACAGGCUGACUACCUUACUACGGACUAGCCAAGGUAAUAGUCUCAUUAAUAUACAGUACCGGGCUGGUUAUUGUAGGUACAGUGAAACCUCUAUUUAAUGGACUAUAUAGAGAUGAAAGUCCAUUAUAUCAAGGGUCCGUUAGAUGUGAAACUCCCAUGAAUUAUAUAGAAAGAAAUCCGUUGUAUAGAGAAUUCACUGUAUUGUAAUAUAUAGCCAUUUGUUUGGUUGGCUGGCCCUUCCUAGAGUGUUUACAAUAGUUGUCAGGAUAGGAAAGAGUGAGGGAAAAGACGACAGGUGACUCUAGCUGUUGUUAGAGAAGAUUGAGAGUGGCAUCGCUGGAGAACAGAAAAUACAGGACUCUAUAUUAAGGCAAAAUAAAGGUUUAAACCCUUGUGUGCGGUUCUCCUCUGUGUUGAUUGAAAUCCUCUGGCAUUAUUAAAAGUGACAUCUCCAAAGUGAAAGUUUUAAAGUUUGAGGGGAAUUUUUAUGAUAUUUAUUCUUUAUUUGUUAUUAUUGAAUAUUUAUAGGGUUAAUAUUAGGUAAGAUUUUUAGUUGAAUAGAUUUACAGGACAGUCUUAUGCUUUAUUUACAUAUAUAUACAUCUUUCUACUUUUUUUUAAUCCGGACUCCCCCUUCCUUGCCCACUCCCCAAUUAAUCGAGAUGAACGAGAAUUCCCUGUACGCGGUGUGUGAAGGUGGAUUGCUGGGUAGGUUGGUGUCAGUAUGAUGAAUGACAUAAUGGCAUGUAGUUUUAAUUCCUCAGGCAAGUUAUUGAAGAGGUGCGGUGAAACCUCUAUUUAAAGGAUUAUAUGGCGGGGAAAGUUCGUUAAAUCGAUGGUCCUUUAGAUGUGAAAACCCCAACUUAUGGAUUAUAUAGAGAAAGGAGUUCGUUAUAUGGAGGUCUCACUGUUUAGGUUUUUUAAUUAUUUUUGGUAUUUCUUCUCUCUUGUGGGUAUGGUGGAGUACCUGUUAUGGAUAUACAUUAUUUACAUCCAUAGGGUCUCCUCUGUACCUGUAUUCUCUGAUUCUUUCUGGAUGUUAUUGAUUUUAAGUGGUUGGGUUUUCCUUCUGUACCAGAGUGUUGCUGUAAACUUACGAGAAGCUGGUUUGGAUUUUGCAUCUCUCAUCAAAGUUGUUUUAUUUCUCGCUUGGUGUCGUUGACCUGUAGCGCGCCUGAUCUGCCUCGGUGUGUUGUUAUGAGAGGGAUUUAUUAUCUGCGUACAUAACAUCUUUUUUUUUUCCUGGAGGUGGAAUGUGUCAAUUGUGUAGACGAUAUAUGGGGUUGGAGAGAGGAAGCUCCCUUGUGGGACUCUGUUGGUCAGUGGGAAGGUCUCUCGUAUGUGCUGUCCCACACUCAACACGCCAGACAAGAGACCACCACUGGGGUCUGGUUGACGUACACUAACACAUUAACAAACUCAGGCCAAAUGAAGACAUUGUACUAUAAAUAUCUUCGUUAAAACUUAUGUUGUAUAGAUUCAGAUAUACAGUUUAUAUGUAUAGUGUCCCCUGAUGCUAGAACAAUGCUCUCGUAUAAAGGACAAUGUUAUUUUGGCUUCAUUAGUGGGAAGUAUAGUAGUGAAGUGUUACAGUGAAGUUUUGAUCAGGGAGUUGUGCUUCUCCUGGCUCAUGUACACUGUGCGCACCUCUCCUACUGUACCAACACUGUGUGGGAAAUACUGUACUGUGCAGAGCACAUUUGAUUGUUGUGACUCAGAGCUAUUAUAACUGUUACGACUGUCAGAGAACUAGAUGCUAUGACUGUCAGAAAGCUGUGUGUUAUGACUGUCAGAAAGCUGUGGAGUAUGACUGCCAGAGUAUAUGACUGUCAGAGCUGUGUUAUUUCUAUCAGAGCUGUGUUAUGACUGUCAGAGCUGUGUUAUGACUGUCAGAGCUUCAAAUACUUAACAGUUGUGUCAAAAAUCUAUUCAGGUGAUGCGUGUAUUGUUGAAGUUAAAAAAGAGAGAUGCGUCAUUACUUACUCUCCUGCAUACAAUGUUUUAACCUACUCUUAAUCUACUUACUGUACAUGUAGCUUUAGUGUAAAUACCCAAUACCCAGUCAUAACCCGUGUACCGUGGGGAGAACUUCGGUUAGCACUCGUAGUUGAUUUCAAGUUCAAAGUUUUAAUAUCCCGUAGUGUUAGGCGUCUCUUGAUAUAAUUUAUUCCGCUGGGCGACCAUAUAUUAUCUGAUGUAUUAUAUAACCUCGAAAUCUCUGAAGAUAUUAUAGAUGGAACUUAAUUCACAUGUGGAAGUUUAUCAAGAACUAGAAGAAAAAAACUUGAGAGUUGUUUAUCAGUAUAAUAGAAGCUUGUGUUGUAUCUAUACUGCAUGUCAGGCUAUUGAGGUUUUAAAUUGGUCAGAUAAUGUUAGGGACAGCCUGUAGUGUAUAGUAGUAAUAGGCUUCAGUUAAAACAGCCAUAGAUAUGUCUGGCCUACAGUUUCCUAAGGCUGAUUAUUAUACAGGCACUUAACACUGAAGCUGUCAUUGUUAUUGUCAGCGGGAAAGUGAUAUUUUAAAUCAUGCGUUCUGUGGCAAUCAAGGCAGGUGAAAUAGAGAACUAUGAAGAACAUCUCCAGCACAGUUCUGUGUUGUUUUUGAGAAGGUGUACGUUCCCUCAAGUAAUCUUUUAUCACAGUAUGCUUAUAUUCGCCAAACUGCACCUGGAUAAUAACCCCUUGUGUACGGGCUCCCCUCUGAGCUGAAUAAAAUAUCACAAGUGGCAUCCCUGUAGUGAAGGGGUUAAUAUCCCAUUUUGAUAUAAGUUUAUAGUUAUACAGUACCAUAUAUGAUGGCAGCAUAUUUUUAUACUAUGGUUCUAUGUCUUACAAGACUCUGGAUGUAAGGUACAGCGUUCAUGUAAUGAUCCCUGUCGCUUUAUGAAACAUUCCACUCGGCACCAUGACUACGCUAAUAUUUUAUCUUACUUAGUAUAAUAUUGAUUUUACCAGAUGGUGUAUAUAAUAUAAGGGGAUUAUACACCUGUGAAUAUAGACUAGUCUUUAUGAGGUUUGACUUAUAUAUAUCUGGUAAAAAUAUUGGUCAUGUCUUGACACUAUUGAACAUGUUGAAAUAUUUAUAAACAUGGAGGAAGGCUUUAGACUACAGUUCCAUAUUGUGAAUUAAUAACUUGUGUUUAAUAACUUUUUGGAACUAUUUUUUCAUCUUAUUGUAAAUGAGAUUGAGCGGUCAUCCUGAGUGUAUGAAAUAUAAUUUGAAUUAUCCAUUAAGGUAUUGUAGUUCUGUAAUUCUUUGUAUUUUAAAGACCAAUACAGUACUGUACCAGAAGUGUCACCCCCACAGUAGAUUAUGUUCCUUGGAUAAAUUAAGAAUCACACUAAAUGUAAUACUGUAUAAUGUUGGCUGAAUACGCUGUGCAUGGCCUUAUGUUACGGGGAUGACCUACACGUUAACACUCGCAGGGCGGUGUUGGGAUGCUGCAGCUCUCUGGACGGUAAUAAUCAUAUCAUAGGAAAAAUCAAUCGGGGGAGUUGUAAUGUUUUCUUAUUAUGGAGAUUUAUAUAGAGCUGGGGACAGUUCAACAUAUUUAUACACCACACUGAGUAUUAAAAGGGGCAUGUAGUGUUACCUUUGACCACUUGUGUGUGUAAAUUGCCUCGCCCUGGACAGCGUUGGCUAGAAGGUCGGGUAUCUUUAUUACCUUUACGACUUCAUAUCAAAAGUGACGCGGUUGUUGUCACUGACGUCGGUAGUUCAUUAUAUCAGCUAGUUAAUCUUUGCUGAACGUUUCGCCACGACUGUUGUAUAGCUUGAGAAGUACGUCUCGGCAUUACGGAUAAUUUUGACCCAACCAAAACUUGUGUACAGGACGUCUUGUUAAAAUGACCUAUUUUUUAUACCUCGAUCUUUCUUGAUUUUGCGUUUUGGGUAAAUUUUUCAUGGUAUAGUUAGUUUCCGAAACUCAGGUGGUCUGAGGAUCAGUAUGUAAAUUGGGUACAUUACCAUAUCCCUGAUUUGACUCCAUACUGGAUAAAGCUGACUCAGUACAGUACUCAGUUUCAACUCUGUGGUUCAGUCGUGACCACCAGUUGCUGCAGAAUGGCUAGUUGUUUAAAGUCUUGUAAUGUACAGUACUGGGAACACUUGGAGGAUGGUAUCUAGAGUAUUACCUGGUCCAUUAUGGCUCUACCCUUCACACUGGCUGAGACAUAACUACUGUACUGUAUUAUGAAAUAUUUGUAAUGAAGACAUUCUCUUAUUGUUUUAGAUAACUGUGCUUGGAAUUGUACUGCAAUGUGUGUGUGUGUGUACGUGUGUGUGUGUGCACGUCAAAGGUUGAAGCUGAGAUAUUUCAUGUUAUCUACUUUGCCUCCCCCCCUCCCCUAAACCCUAAAGAAACACUAAAAGACACUAGAUUGUUGUGUUGGCUGUGUGUAAAGUGUUCUAGGCACAACACACUCCUAUGUCUCUCUCUGCAUUGAGGUUUAUAUGUCGUAAUAUAAUACCGUACAGCAAAAAGUGGAAUAGUCUCGUGCAAUAUGCUGAAUUAUUUUAAGUUGAGAACUACACGGGUGUUGGCAAGUGUAGUGUGCAUGAUGGCAGGUGUAGUAUGUAUAAUGGCAGGUGUCGGGCAUCUGAUGGCAGGUGUUGGCAGUUGUAGCGUGUGAUGGCACUGUGUGUGUGUGUGUGUGCAAUACAUAAAUAUUAUAAUCGUAAUAUAUAUAAAGGUAGCUUGUUGAAUAUACUGUAUAUGAUUUUAUAUUGACAGUAUGUAGAGUAUAAUUAUGUAAUCUAUAAUGAAUAUUUGAUAAUUAUAACAAGAGUUGGUUGUUAAGUAUUCAUGGGGUAAUGGUUUUUAUUUUAAUGGUGUAAAUUUAAAUAACCAGUUGUGUAGUUCAGGAAUAUAAUAUAAUACAUAAAUAUAUUUUUAAAAAGUUAAGAAUAUAUUAUAUAAAUAAUAUAUUGUACCUGAUUUACUAAACAAAAGUUUGGAAUAAAAAAAAAUAGAUUCUCAAAUUGUUUUAAUAAUUUGAGGUGUUAGUGAGGCAAGAUGUGUGAGGUGAGGUGUUAGUGAGGCAAGGUGUGUGAGGUGAGGUGUUAGUGAGGCAAGACCUGUGAGAUGAGGUGUUAGUGAGGCAAGAUGUGUGAGGUGAGGUGUUAGUGAGGCAAGGUGUGUGAGGUGAGGUGUUAGUGAGGCAAGACCUGUGAGAUGAGGUGUUAGUGAGGCAAGAUGUGUGAGGUGAGGGAAUAUUGAGUGAUUAAAAUUGACAAAAUUUGACUUAUAAUACUAAGCUUCGACCUCCACUUCUGUUUAGGAUAUCUGGAGACAUGACAGUACAGAAGACAAGUGCCGGGCAUAACUGAGCUUAGGCAACACAUGAAUAUACACACACACACACACACACACACACACACACACACACACACACACACACACACACACACACACACACACACACACACACACACACACACACACACACACACACACACACACACACACACACACACAUAUGCAUAUAAGGUUUUUCAUAAUCCCAUAUCAUGUAGUGUAGGGUUUGGUGAAAAAGUCAUCCUGGUAGUACACAAUUACUUGGCCUUCGUUGGUGUAUUUGCGCAUCUAUUAUAACCUAACCAAACCUAAUCUAACCCAAAUUAACCUAACCUAACCAAACCUAAUCUAAUCCAAACUAACCUAACCAAACCUAAUCUAACCCAAACUAACCUAACCAAACCUAAUCUAACCCAAACUAACCUAACCUAAUCACGUCUCGUCAUUCCAAACACAGAAAACACGAGUCUGUUUUAACCCUCUUAAGUUUGCCAGUUGUUUCUGUAGCUCAUUCAUUCUGGGGAAAUUGGGCCGCCAUUGGUCGUUUUAUUUUAAGUAAGGUGAUUGGCCGAUUGAUCCUGGGUUCGGAGAUGUGGUUGUGUCUGCACUGAGGAUCACGGGAGUGGUUUCAUGUGGUUCUAUUUAUUGUUAGAUGGGCCCCAGUCCUAGUAGAUCUCAGUCCUUGUAGGCCCCAGUCCCACUAGACCCCCAGUCCUUCUAGACCCCAAUCUUAGCAGACCCUCAGUCCUACUAGACCCCAAUCCUAGUAGAUAUCAGUCAUACUAGACCCCAGUCUCACUAAACCUCAAUCCUACUAAGACAUCAAUCCCACUUGACCCCAGUCCCAUUAGACCCCACAUAAAGAACAUAAGUAUUGGAAGCCCCUAGGACUAAGGUAUACAUUAGGGUUGUGACUUACAUUCAAUUUGUCAAGUCACGAUUUCUUUGGUACAUUUCAGAAUUUUUGAUUGAUUGAUUUUUUUUUCAUUUUCCCAUAAUUAAAGGAUAGAAAUAAGUAUGAAGACAUAUUUUUUUAUAAUUACCAUCAACAUCUACAGUACAAUACUUGGCCAAAACAUAAAUAAAAUAGCUCUGUCAUAUAAAAUGGUGAAGAUGUGUCGCUUGUCACAUUAUCUACUGAACUUGGCAUCUUCACUUGAUUUUGUAUAGAUGAGGUAUUGAAACUUUUUGUAAUAGUAAAAAAAAAUAAGCUUAUUGUUUUUCUUGGUGUUUAUGAUUGUUAAAAAUGUGUAGAGGUUAUUGAAUAUUUCAUUAUUUUACUAUUUUAUUGAAGAUUUAUCAAGUAUUUUGUGAGUAAAGGAAGAUAUGAGGAAUGUAGAAUAUCAAAGGCGUACAUCUGACUGUCUCAAGUGAGCCUAAUUCUCAGGCUGUAUGGCAUAUUUUCCGCCUUAUUUUUCUUUUGGGAAUUAUACCACACGGGCGGUGUAAGGUAACCAUGCUACCUGACGCCAUUAUCUGAUAGAGGUACGCUGGGGCUAUGGACUGACGUAGAAAAUAGGAAAUUUGGUAACUCGGUGAUACAGUACGUCUUUGGUAUUGUAAACGCCUCAUAUACAGUACAGCAUAGCCUCCAUUUAACGGACGUCAAUCUAACGGGUAAAGUUUGUUAUAUGGAGGUUUCACAUAUAAUGAACCUUGAUGUAAUGGACUGUACUCUUACAUAGUUUGUUAUAUGAAGGUUUUACAUAUAAUGAACCUUGAUAUAAUGGACUGUACUCCUACAUACAGUCUGUUAUGUGGAGGUUUUACAUAUAAUGAACCUUGAUAUAAUGGACUGUACUCUUACAUACAGUCUGUUAUAUGGAGGUUUUACAUAUAAUGAACCUCGGUAUAAUGAAUUACACUCUCCCAUAUCAUAUAGUUCGUUAAAUAGAGGUCUGACUGUAGUAGAUGGUGUAGUGUGUGUGUGUGUGGCGGCCAUGCUGUGCCAAGACGUGAGUACACUAACUUCAGGUCAUUGUUGUACACUUUAUUGUCACAGAUAAUUAUUUAGUUUUUUCAUAUGGAUGUAUUUCUUCUUGUGUCAAGUAUUUGCACAUUGUAUCAUACAAUUUAAAAAACUUUACUAUUUGCACAAAUCAUUGGCUGCCAUUUUAGGCACAGAUAGAGCACAAUUUCUUGCAACUUCUCAUACGUAUCUCUUCUUGAUGUACUACUGUAUAUAAUAUAUUAGUAGAUGGUAGAGUUAUAUACUGUAUGAUAAAUAUAUAUAUACAUAUCCUGUGUAUAUGUGAGAUGAUCCGGGUGAGAAAUACACAAUUGACAAAACUCGAAAAAAUUAUAGAAAACACAGUUAGAAAUUAGGUACUGUAUAAGUUUGAGGGUCAUAAUGACAUACGUCUCUUAUUGCUUUGUCACUUGUCUCCCUCUUGCCCGGGGCGCCUCAUAUAUAGCGGGAAAAUAUUUUAUUGUAUGUUCACACGGUUUCAAUAUUAACGAUAAGGCCAGUGUGCAGCAGCAGGGUGAGGCCUUGUGCUCUACAGGUACUGUUAUCAAGUGGACAAACCUUUUAUAAUGUUAAGUAUGGAGACGCAUGCUUAUUACUCUUUAUAUACUGUCAAACUUUUCUCUUUAUUGUUGUUUUGACACCUUUCAAGAAAAUGCUGAGCA